GAAAAGUUAGAAGUGUUCGUACGUGAAAAUGUUUAGCGACAACGCGGUUCUCCUUACGGUAUAUUCGACGUUCAUGAAUCCACUAGCGACCUCUGCGGCGAAACGAGUUCGUAUAUCUUCUCUCGCUCAUUAUUACGUAUAAUAAAAGUCGUCGUCACGCGUCCACUUUCGUGUUCGUAUAAAAUAAAAUAACAUUUUUAUUUUAUUUUCUUUUUGCUUUUCGUUUUGUCUGUCUGUCUGUCUGUCUGUCUGUCAGUCAGUCUUAUUGUUAGUUGUGUUCCGUAAACUGUGUGUGUGUUCGUUUUAAAAAGAAGUAAAAUGGCAGAUACCGCAGUAGCAUCCGAAACUCCAGCUCCGGCUACACCGGCGAAGAAACCGAAAGCGGCAGCGGCCGCAGCGGCCGCCGCCGCCGCCGCAGCGGCUGGAUCGAAGAAACCUAAGGCUAAACCUACGCAUCCUAAAACCGCUGAAAUGGUCAACAACGCCAUUAAAGAGUUGAAGGAGCGCAGCGGUUCAUCGUUACAGGCCAUCAAGAAAUACAUCGCCGCUCAAUACAAAGUCGAUACAGAGAAAUUGGCACCGUUCAUAAGAAAUAAGAGCGCCGUCGAAUCCGGUGCCCUAAUACAGACAAAGGGAAAGGCUUCUGGUUCUUUCAAAUUGGAAUCUAAAUCAUCGGCAGCAAAGAAACCUCAUCGCGGUAGGGCUGCAGCAUCUUCGGCAUCGGCUAAAUCUAAGAAAGCCGCCGCCACGGCAUCGGCAGUGGCCGCGAAGGGAGGUAAGAGGCGGUACCGCAGCUUCGUCCGCUCUGCGUCUUCACCAUCUAAAGCUAAAGCAUCGGCGGCGGCGGCUAGGGAGGAUAAGAAGGCCGCAGCCGCAGCCGCGGCUGCCAAAAAGAAGCCAGCUGCUGCUAAGAAAGUUCGCAUCCCGUCUAAGGCCAAAGGAGCAGCAUCCAAGGCCAAGAAGAGCGCCAAACCUCCCACUAAGAAACCAACCCCGAAACCGAAGAAAGCAGCCGCCGGUACCCCGAAAUCGAAACCCGCAGCUAAGAAAGCAGCAGCAGCGAAAAAGUAAUAAUUUUUUUUUUAUAUUACUUUAUCUAUCGCGUAAAUCAGCGACGGCGGCGGCAGCAUCGGCACCGUGAGUUUGAGCGUCAUCUUCGAUUCCGUUCAAUGAUGAUGAUGAUGAUGAUGAUGAUGAUGUUGAUACGCGGGAC